AUGCUGUUGCAAAAGCUGCCUCCGGGUGCAUCGCAGCACAACACCGAGGCCGCCCACCACACCCUGGCAACAAGCAACUGCGACUGCGUUCUUACGGCCUCGCCCACCUGCGCAACUCUUGCCGACUCCCCUUCGCGCAGCCGUGACCCAGGUGGCGCCCACGGUUGCUUCAUGGACACUUACGGGUCCAAACCACCGCAGUUCCACGCACCCAAAAAAAGGGGAACAGACCUAUCUGACUAUGCAGAGUGCGGCCUGUUGUCCUGCUGUUGUGUUGAAGAAUGGCUAAUAAGCCAGAGUUACGACGUGUCAGCACUACAUGGGGCAGAGAGGGAACACCUUCGGGCCUCCUCGGCUCUACAGUGGCAAAUAAUAUCUGUUACGCUCUGCAACUCGGAAUAA